AUGCAACUACUUGUUGAUGAGUUUGCCAGGGCUGCCGCUCAAUUCAAACUACUUAACCCUCCUCCUGGGCCAGAGGUGGUAAACCAGGAGCCACUCGUACAAAGCACUGAUUUUACCUACCUUGGAAGUAAUGUCUCGAACACUGCUAGCAUAGACAAGAAGGUUCAGAAUAGAAUGGGAAAGGCAAGUGCUGCUUUUGGUAAACUCCAACACCGGCUGAGGAAAAACAAACACGUUUCCAUCCGAGCCAAGUGCAAAGUCUAUAGAGCAGUGGUACUAUCAAGCCUCUUUUAUGGAGCAGAAGCAUGGAUAAUAUACAGGUCACAGGUUAAGAAACUACAUGCCUACAUGAUGAGACAGCUGAGACAUAAUGAACAGCAGAUGGACUGA